GUUUUUCCUUGAAUAUCUUGAAACGAGUUUCCUUCUCAUGAACGCCUGAGGAUCCACGAGUACAUUUCAGAACACAAUGUGAAAAACUAUAUCACGCACACAAGGACAAAAAGGUAAGCAUCAGGUCCCAAAUUAAAUGAAAGGUCAAUUUACUAAUAAUAAUCUUACAGGUCUAUAUCAACAUAUUUUCUAAGGCACGUACCACGCUGAUCAUUUUUUGGGGCACUGAAAUUGCUAUAAAAGCCAUUGUCUCUACCACCUUGAGUAGUAUAUAAAUGGCAGAGCAAGGUCUACCAUUUCAGUAUAUCUGCUCAUCAUCAUAUCCUUUACCAAAAUCCAGCUUGCUUCUACUACAAUAGCUAGCUACCCAUGGAGAUCCUAAACCGGCAGCUAUGGAAGUAUAUGUGCUUGGGCUUGAUCCUCAUGUUGGGAGCUUGGUCUACUCAAGCAACUUCUCGCAGUCUGCAAGAUGCAUCAAUGUAUGGGAGAUACGAGCGAUGGUUGGCUCGUUAUGGCCAUGUAUAUAAUGACGUCGAUGAGAAGGAAACCCGUUUCAAGAUAUUCAAGGAAAAUGUGGCGUUUAUAGAAUCUUCUAAUAAGGAUGCAAACAAACCUUACAAAUUAAGUGUCAAUCAAUUUGCAGACCUUACAAAUGAAGAGUUCAAAGCCUCAAGAAAUGGAUUCAAGGGCCAUGAAUGUUCCACGAAGACGACUUCUUUCAAAUAUGAAAAUGUGACUGCUGCUUUGCCAGCAACAAUGGACUGGAGAAAGAAAGGAGCUGUAACCCCCGUUAAGGACCAAGGCCAAUGUGGAUGCUGUUGGGCUUUUUCAGCAGUUGCCGCCACCGAAGUUGUUACACAGCUUACAACUGGUAAAUUGAUCUCUUUGUCUGAGCAAGAGCUCGUUGAUUGUGACACCGCUGGUGAAGACCAAGGUUGUGAGGGUGGUUUAAUGGACGAUGCGUUUCAGUUCAUCGAACAAAAUCACGGGAUUAGCACGGAAACAAAUUACCCGUACAACGGUGUUGAUGGUACAUGUAACACCAAGAAGGAAGCCAUCAUUGCAGCCAAGAUAACUGGCUUUGAGGAUGUGCCUGCAAAUAGUGAAAAGGCCCUUCUAACCGCUGUUGCUCAUCAACCUGUUUCCGUUGCCAUCGAUGCUAGCGGCUCCGACUUCCAAUUCUAUUCAAGUGGUGUCUUCACUGGAACUUGUGGAACGAGUCUUGACCAUGGUGUUACCGCUGUUGGAUAUGGCGUGAGUGACGACGGGACUAAGUAUUGGCUAGUGAAGAACUCAUGGGGUGCAGAAUGGGGCGAAGCUGGGUACAUAAGAAUGCAAAGAGAUGUUGCUGCACCUGAAGGACUUUGUGGGAUUGCUAUGUCUGCCUCUUACCCCACAGCUUAGUCAAUUAAAUCAAUGCCUACUAGCUAUAUGCCUUGUAGGUAGUCUGAUAUGUAUCAACCUGUAUGUCUAAAAUAUUUAUAAGAUAAUUAUGAUAAUUGCAUGGAUAUUUCUCAUCGUAAUCACGCACUUUUAAAUUUGAUAUGAAAGAUUAAAAUUAGGACAGCAAAAGUACACAUUUAUUCUCAGG